AUGCAGUUCAAGAGCCGAGUGAAGGGGGUGAAGUUGCUUGGUUACGAGAGGGAGCUGGUGGGGAGGGGCGAGCUGACAGAUGUGACGCACGAUGGCGCAUCUGCCGUGUGGCUGAGCGCCGAGAGUGCCGAAGAGGAGCAGAUGCGGACUUUGGUCUAUCGGCCCAUGGGCGACGCUGAGCUGAGCCAUCUGCUCACACACGGCGAGCUGCCGGAUACCCAACCCUACCAGACCAUCGUGCGAGGCGCCGAGGGCCGUCAGUAUGCCGAAAAGUACCUGCGCGGCGCCAAAUGGGUGGACAGCAGCCCCACGACAGUGGUGGAGUUUGUGUGCCCUUCGGAGCUGAUCGAGGAGCUGUUCGUGAUGCAAUGCAAGCCCGAAGACGGUGCUCUCUCUCACGGCCUAGGCGACAAGGGUGGCCACGGAUUACCAAAGUUCAACGAGAGCCUGCGAGCGGGUACUUCACGCUACCGGAUCGUGCUGGUCAAGCGCGGGCCGAAUGCACGGCCCAGAAGCAGAUGA